UUCGCGCCAAAUGGUUAUAACCAAUACUGUCUAAAAUUAUACGGCAUUUUUCGUCAAGAUCCGUUGUGCCGUUUUGGAAAUACUUAACAAACAGCCAUUCAUCUAAACAUUCGCAUUUAUAAUAGAAGAUUCGUAAUUACGCUUCAUAAUAAUUACUAAACACCAUAAGUAAACAAAUUAAUUCGAGUAAUAUGAAAACUAGACGUAGACGUCAUUAUUCAGAGCACUAUUUAGUACGUAUGCACCGAUUUGUAUCGAUCCGAAGGGCGCCAAAACAGUACUAGUCAGAAAAUUGAUCCGUUCGUACGUGUUUGCGACGAAAACAUGCUUUAAAUAUCGAUAUUAUAAUUAUUUUACAAUGUCGUCGUGUGCUAUAUUAUGGUGUGGGAAAAACAGUAGAUUUUCAUGUACAAAAACUGACGAAGUCACCUUCCAUAGAUUCCCAAAAGACAAAGCUAUAAAAAAGAAAUGGAUUGAAGCCACAAAACGGGAUAAUUGGCGUCCAUCAAACUUUAGCGUUAUCUGUUCCCGACAUUUCACAGAAGAUUGCUACCAUUCUAUAAAACCUCGACGACGCUUACUGGAUAAUGCAAUACCUACUUUAAACUUGCCAGUUAUUACAUUCGAUUCAUUAAUAAAUGAAUUCGAAUCAGAUCAACAUUUAAAAGCUUCGUCAAUGGCGCGCAAUGCGUCUGCGCAAGAGCCAAUAUCAAUAAUGUUGCCAUUGAAAGAAAGAGAUUCUCCAGAACCGGUGACAGAAGCACAAAUAGAUUACGAAGAAUUAUACAAAGAAAUAACUUCGUACAACGUUAAAAGACUUUGCGACCGUAUCUCUGAAUUAAAAGAAAGUGUCGAUCGAAAAGAUUUGAAUGUACGACGUUUAAAAGAACAAGUACGUUAUUUUAAAAGACAAAUAGCUAUCAUGGAGAAAACAAUUAAAGAUUUAGACGAAAAAUGUAAUAUUAACGAGGAGAAUGAAAAUUUUAUGGUUAAAAUAACUAAUCCGGAGAACGGAGACGUAUUAUAUAAGUAUGAUAUAACACAAGACACAAAAAAGACGAAGAAAAGAAAUCGUAAAGUAAAACCAAAAAAAGAUGUAGAUAAGUAAAAAAGUAUAUCAGAAGACAUAAUACUUCAUAAUAAUAUUACUAUGUGAU